CAAGAUCCUUUCAUCCUUGUGACAUGAGUAUGAACCCACAAGAACGGAAUAGACGUGGUCUUUGAGUACUCCGUGGUCCACAGGGUUGAUAUACCAUCUGUCCAAAUCCUAAACUUGAGUUCUGAUGCCAGGUACAAAAUGCCUUCGGAUGACAUAACCUACGAAAACCUCAAGAAAUUUGGCCGUAGCUUCCUGAGUAAAAAUGCCAAGAAACAUCAAUCCAGUGAAGAGAUUCCAAAGCACUGGGACCAGGGACUGGUUAAGCAGCUCAUGGGGAAGAACUUCAACACAGUCGCCUUUGACAAAGAAAAGGACGUGUUUGUGAUGUUCUAUGCACCCUGGUCUAAAAAGUGCAAGAUGCUGUUCCCACUGUUGGAGGAAUUGGGCAGAAAGUAUCAAAACCAUUCCACGAUCGUCAUUGCCAAGAUCGACAUCACAGCAAAUGACAUUCAGCUGAUGUACCUGGACCGGUACCCAUUCUUCAGGCUGUUUCCCACUGACUCUCAACAAGCUGUCCUGUAUAAGGGAGAGCAUACACUGAAGGGCUUCUCUGACUUCCUGGAAAGCCACAUCAAAACUAGGAUUGAGGAUGAGGAUGAGCUAUUGUCUGUUGAGCAAAACGAAGUGAUAGAAGAGGAAGUGCGAGCUAAGGAAAAGGAGGUGCCUAUGAUGAAGAAAGAGUCACCUGAACAGCAGUCACCUGAGCUGGAGAAUGUGACCAAGCAUGUAUCCAAGCUGGAAGAGUCCGCUGGGAAGAAGAAAACAUCUGAGGAGGUGGUGGUGGUGGCCAAACCGAAGGGACCUCCAACGCAAAAGAAGAAAUCAAAAGUCAAGGAAGAACUUUAGCUUCUCCAAUACCAGGAAAAAAGAUGCUCAUUUUCCAGAUCCUGGCAUCAUUUUCUGAGUGGAUUGAUUCCAAUAAAAGCAUAUAUAUUGUGGUAGGGUAGGUGGGGCAGGGGUGGGGCUGGAUGAUAAAACCUCUGAAGGUCCUUGG